UUCAGGCAACCGCACGAAAACACAGUUGAUAUGGUUGAAAUCAAACCAGAUGAAACCAAAUAGCUUCCAGCUAGUUAGCAGAAAUCAGCACAACGUUAAUGAAUGGUUUGAAAUCGAACCAAAUAGGUUCCAGCUCGCUAAAGAUUCGUCAACACUGGCCUUACGAUCUCAUCAGUAUUCUCUCCGUGAAAAUAUCACAGUUGAUGCAGGCAUAUCUCGAAAACAACACUAACAAUAAGAGACGCAACAAUGACACUGUAGGAGCACGAUCACUAACAAUCAUAGGAAAUCGAGGUCGACGAGCAAGAUGUUGUAAUUUUGAAAUGGAAGAAUCUUCUGGUAGUUUUUCUGAUGUUUCUAACGCGAAAAGGAGUACUGUUUGUUUGCACGACGCUGAAAUUAAAAUAACAAAUGGAAAAUGCUCGAUAAGAGGACAAGUAGUAUUCCUACCUGCGAAAUGCCCUACAGGCAUCUCAUUGUGUUCUUUCUCAGAACAAGAUGGUGUAAAACGUACUGAUUUUAUCAUUCCGAGAGAAGUUCCAGUUAAUGAGGUGAGCCUCAAAAUGGAUGUUGCCACCCUCCCGGCUGCCGCUGCUGCCACCUCAUGUGCUGCUGAUCUACACCCCCACACCACAAAAGGGCCUUCUAAGAAAAAUUAUUGACAGACAUCCAUCCUUCAAUAUGUUAACAAAUAAACUUUGUAAUAUUAUUUUACUUUAUGAAUUUUCAUGAAUUUUUUAUGUAUUUAUGUAAUAUUUU